AUGGCUCCUAGACUUCCUCCCCCACCUCAACCUAAUGAACCUGAUGCUUCCAACAACUCUAGAUUGUUGGAGAACGUCAUUGAGAGACUCCAACAGCAAAAUACCACCCUCAUGGAACAAAACGCCACCCUGAUGCAGCAAAACCAAGCUGCUAUGCAAGGUUUGGAGGCCUCGCGUGUUAAUUCUGAAAACACGCAAAGGCAAUUGAUGGAGAUCUUGGCGGUCACUAGAGGUACACCUGGAGCUUCUUCUUCAAACGCCAUUCAACAUGCUACCCAACCCAAUGCUGAAUGGAGUUUGGAGAGUUUUCUCCAGCACCAUCCGUCCAAGUUCAGUGGCAAGUGUCUUCCGGAUGAAGCAGACCAGUGGCUGAGAGAUAUGGAGAGAAUUUUCAACGCCAAGAGAUGUCCGGAUGAAAACCGCUUGGCAUAUGCGGAGUACUUGCUGACUGGAGAAGCCAGCCACUGGUGGGCGAGCGCCAGAGCCAUUCUGACGGACGCUCACCAGCAGAUUACUUGGGAAGUGUUCAGAAACAAAUUCUAUGAAGAGUACUUCCCUGACAGUGUCCGUUUUGCAAAGGAGGUUGAGUUUUUACAGCUGGUUCAGGGGGGAAUGUCAGUCUCCGAAUAUACGAACAAGUUCAAACACUUGAUUCGCUUCAAUACAAUGGCCACUAGUGAGGAGUGGCAGUGCAGAAAAUUUGAGAACGGUCUACGCAGUGAUCUGAAGGUUGUGGUUUCCAGUUUGUGUAUCCGAACAUUCCCUGCUAUGGUUGAGAGGGCCAAAGUGUUGGAGAAGAACUUGGCAGAGGCGGAACGGCACAAGAAACAGCAAACAGUAAGGGGGCCGAUUGUCUCAAGGGGAAAUGUGAAUCAGAGGGGACCCCUUUACGCUCGUCCAGCAGUCAACGCGAGUGGAUCCCAAGCCUUGGCUACUGUCGGCCAGUCUGGACAGCCAAGGAGUUUGGCAUGUUUCCAUUGUGGAGGACCGCACCUUAGGUGGGCUUGUCCUCAGCUGAAUGGGGGAAAGUACUGCACUAAAUGCAGAAGGAAUGGACACUCGGAUCAGGAGUGUAAUAUGGGAGGCCGUGCGGUAUCAAGACCGCCGAACGCUGGAAGAGCCCAACAAGGAAGAGGUGGACGUGCGCAAGCUACAGGGAGAGUUUAUGCAAUUACUGGUGCUGAAGCUGCUCGUUCAGGUACACUCAUCACCAGCACUUGCGUGCUAUAUGGAAAGCCUUGUUGUGUAUUGUAUGACUCGGGGGCAACUCAUUCCUUCAUCUCGAAGGCAUGCGUUGAGAAACUGGGGUUAGUGGAGAGUGAAUUACAGUUCGACCUGGUGGUGUCAACCCCAGCGGCUGGUGGGAUCAAGACGUCUACAGUUUGUGUAAGAUGUCCGAUAGAAGUUGAGGGGCGUAGAUUUAAGGUUAAUCUCAUUUGUUUACCCCUUCAAGACUUAGAAGUAAUUUUGGGGAUGGAUUGGUUGGCUACCAAUCGGAUUCUCAUUGAUUGUGGGAAGAAGGAGUUAGUCUUCCCAGGUGAAGAAGAGGAGGAGUUGUCUGUUGAUUGCGGUCAGUUGAAGGAAGACAUCAUGGAAGGAGCGAGCUGUUUUCUGAUCAUGACGUAUGAAGACAACGAAGUGGAGCGUUCGUCCAAUGAUGAGAACAGUGGAGGACGAACGGUAGUGGAUGACUUUCCGGACGUCUUUCCGGAUGAAGUCCCUGGUCUACCUCCUGUUCGUGAGGUCGAAUUCACGAUCGACCUGGUGACAACUGCUGCACCCAUCUCGGUUCAACCUUAUAGAAUGGCACCAGCCGAGUUGGUAGAGCUUAAGAAGCAAAUUGAGGAGUUGAUGGAUAAGAGGUUCAUCAGGCCGAGUGCUUCACCAUGGGGAGCACCUGUGUUGCUGGUCAAGAAGAAGGAUGGCAGCUCUCGGCUCUGCAUUGAUUAUAGACAACUUAAUAAGCUGACCAUCAAGAACAAGUAUCCACUGCCAAGGAUAGACGACCUACUGGAUCAGUUGCAGGGUGCGUGCGUAUUUUCAAAGAUUGAUCUACGUUCGGGAUAUCAUCAAAUUAGAGUGAAGGAGGGUGAUAUUCAUAAGACUGCAUUUCGGUCUCGUUAUGGUCAUUAUGAAUACGUGGUGAUGCCCUUUGGAGUGACGAACGCACCUGCAAUCUUCAUGGAUUACAUGAACAGAAUUUUUAGACCGUACCUGGAUAAGUUUGUUGUAGUAUUCAUUGACGACAUCCUCAUUUACUCCAAGAGCUUUGACGAACAUGAAGACCACUUGAGGAUUGUCUUGGGCGUGUUGAGGGAGAAGGAAUUGUAUGCCAAGAAGUCAAAGUGUGAAUUUUGGAUGAAGGAAAUCCAAUUUUUGGGGCACGUCGUUUCUGCUGGUGGCAUUUCAGUGGAUCCAGCCAAAGUGAAAGCAGUCCUGGAUUGGGAGAGCCCACGCUCGGUCACAGAGGUUAGAAGCUUUGUGGGGCUUGCGGGCUAUUAUAGGCGAUUUAUUGAGGGAUUCUCUAAGAUAGUAGCCCCUCUGACGUAUCUCACCAGGAAAGACCAGCCGUUCGCAUGGACCGAUCGUUGUGAGGAGAGCUUCCAGGAAUUGAAGAAGAAACUAACGAGCGCCCCAGUAUUGGUCAUUCCAGACACGGCCAAACCUUUUGAAGUGUAUUGUGAUGCGUCGUAUCAAGGUUUGUGCUGCGUACUGAUGCAGGAAAGGAAGGUAGUGGCGUACGCUUCUAGACAGUUGAAGAUCCAUGAGAAGAACUAUCCCACACACGACUUAGAGCUGGCAGCAGUCGUUUUUCAAGCAAGCAUAGGAAUGGCGCCGUUUGAAGCUCUUUAUGGAAGGAAGUGUCGAACACCAUUGUGUUGGUUCCAAGAAGGCGAGAAUGUGUUAACAGGACCAGAAUUAAUCCAGCAAACAACCGAGAAGGUGAAACUGAUUCAAGAACGAUUGAAGACGUCUCAAAGCAGGCAGAAAUCUUAUGCUGAUAAGAGAAGAAGACCCUUAGAGUUCGCUACUGGAGAUCACGUGUUUCUCAGGUUGAAUCCAAUCACUGGAGUGGGAAGAGUCCUUCGUCCAAAGAAGCUUUCACCCAAAUUCGUAGGGCCUUAUCAAAUUCUGAAGAAGAUUGGAUCAGUGGCGUAUGAGCUAGCUUUACCACCUCAACUGUCCAAUCUCCAUCCAGUCUUUCACGUUUCUCAGCUCCGGAAGUAUGUAGCUGAUCCAUCACACGUACUGGAGUUGGAAGAUGUCCAACUUCGCCCAGACCGAACGCUGGAGAUGCAACCAGUCUGCAUUGAAGACAGCCGCACCAGACUCUACAAAGGAAAGGACGUUCGUCUUGUGAAAGUGGUGUGGGACGCGAAGACUGGCGACUCAACAUGGGAGGUUGCAGAGGCCAUGAAGGAGCUAUACCCUCAAUUGUUCCCUGGUAAGUCCUAG